UCGUCAGCCUGUCAGUUUGUGCCGUGGCGCCGUGACGGUAUGGUUGUUGCUUGGUAUGUUGUUUACGUUCGAUCGUACAGCUCGCGAAACGUGUUUCGUAUUCAAUGGGGACCUUGUUAUUCCAACCCAUCGUAGCGAUCGAGGCUAACGCGAGGAUUAAUAUCAGUGAUUAAGUUUUAUUUAUUUCGAGUGACUGGAGAACGCGUGUGAUCGUUUCCUUGUACAGCAAUUAGUUUUUUAGUAGACCAACAUAUAUAUAUACAGUGCGUUUUUUAAUCGUGCGACGUGCGAGAUAAAUAAAAGGUGUUCGAACGAAGGUGUGCAUUGGUUUUGCAGUUCGAACGCGCGCCUCCACGGAGACCGGAGAAAAGGCGGGAAGAGAAGGCUGGCUGUGAUCCAUGAUUUCUUACGUGCUGUUCGGAGUGCGCGAGUUCUAUGCCUGAUCGACGCCGGUGCUGUUGUACGCGGUUCGACAGUUAAGGUGAGUGGAUCAGUUUCGUGCAUUCAGUUGGGUACAGAGGGAAGCGUAACGCGAUAGUCGAAACGAUACGGUUAUGAGAGUUCGAUGACCAUUGGAUAGCGAGACCAUCCAUCGACGCCACCAUGGACUACCUGCAGACGUGCCUCAUCUUCUACCUAUUGAUCCUCUGUCUCUCCGGAGGACGAUCUAUAGACAUAUCACAAUGCAUCGCACCCCUGGGGAUGGAAUCUGGUGUGAUUCCCGAUGCAGACAUCACAGCGAGCUCGAGUUUCGAUAGCGGAAAUGUCGGGCCACAUCACGGACGGCUGAGGCAAGAGAGCCACGGAGGUGCCUGGUGCCCGAAGCAGCAGAUCACGACGGAACCACGCGAGUGGCUGGAAAUCGAUCUUCACACGGUCCACAUGAUCACCGCCACCGGCACUCAAGGUCGCUUUGGCAACGGCCAAGGUGUUGAAUACUCCGAAGCUUACAUGCUGGAGUAUUGGAGACCGAAGCUCGGCAAGUGGGUUCGGUACAGGGAUGUUCGAGGCGAAGAGGUGAUCAAGGGGAACACGAACACCUACCUGGAAUCGAAGCACGAGCUGGAGCCGCCGAUGUGGGCUAGUAAAGUUCGUUUUCUACCGUACAGUUACCAUCGUCGUACCGUUUGCAUGCGCGUGGAAUUGUACGGUUGCCCGUGGAACGACGGUAUCGUGUCGUACUCGAUGCCGCAGGGUGACAAACGCGGCAAUUGGGAACUCUUCGAUGCAACUUACGACGGUUAUUGGGACGGUCAGCUUCUGCGUGGCAUGGGACAACUGACAGACGGCAAGAUCGGGCCGGAUAACUUCAAGAUGGGCUAUUACGAUUACGACAGGGGUCAGGGAUGGGUAGGCUGGAGGAACGACACUAGAUCCGGCCAUCCUCUAGAGAUCAAGUUCGAGUUCGACCACGUCAGGGAAUUCUCGGCUGUGCACAUUUAUUGCAACAAUCAGUUCACCAAGGAUGUACAGGUGUUCUCCGAGGCCAGCAUAAUGUUCAGCGUCGGUGGUCGCUACUACACCGGCGAUCCAAUCGUGUAUUCCUACAUGGAGGACAGGAUCUUCGAACACUCGAGGAACAUCUCCAUCAAGCUGCACCAUCGUAUUGGCAAAUUUGUCAAGCUGCGAUUCAGCUUCGCCUCGCGGUGGAUCAUGAUCAGCGAGAUAACCUUCGACUCCGACGUGGCACACGGGAACUUUACUCCGGAAUCACCGCCCACGACCGAAGCACCGAGGCAAAGAGAUCGAAUCUCGGCCCGUGACAAUCCUCUUCAAGCCGAGGUGCCGGUCGUCAAGCAAGAUGAUCCAACUUACAUGGCCGUGAUUAUCGGUGUUUUAACCGCGGUGAUCCUCUUGCUGGCGGUCGCGAUCUUUUUGAUCGUCACGCGACACAGGCAACGCAAGAAUUUCGCCAGUCCUCUGAGCACCAAGAGCGCGAUUCCCUCGGGCAAUCAUCAACACCUGUCGCCAGAAUCCGCGUACGGUACCACGGAGAAGGAUCCGUCGUUGAUGACCUACAGAGUUGAAGAACUAGACGACAGGUACGCCGGUACCAAACUGACGACGCUGCCUCGCGAUCUAAACGAUCGUCUGCUAGGCGAUGUCAGGCUCGACGAGUACCAGGAACCCUUCCACGAGAGCAAGUAUCGGGAACCACCUCAUGCAGCUUAUUACGGAUACAGCACCGUUGUUAUAGACAACAAGGACCUUCACGACAACGUUGAGCAGUCUGAUGCCACCUACGAUUACGCGGUACCAAUGCCUGUGCCUAGUGUAAGCAGCGAUCAGGAUAGCGUUUUCUCAAAAUCUUCAUCAAGGGGUAGCGCGAAGGCAUGCUUGCAGAGUUUUUUCCCCCCACCUCCGCCCCCAAUGAGUGCGCCACCCCCACGUGGCUCCAGUAACCUGACAUAUUCGAACCCACCGAGCCCGGAACCCGUUUGCGAGCGCGAGCGUAGAGGAAGCAAACGUCGUGAACACUCUUUGCACAGAUACGCGUAAGGAUUGCUGUGUCCUGCAGAAUGUACGCGGCACACCGCUGGGUCGAAGGUACGACAGAAUUUCGUGCUUCACACAGAGAGAUCAAACGAUUGAUCAAACCCUUCAGCAUCCAUCGGUCUCUCAUAAAUCAUCUCGCUUUUCCUUCCAUUCUAUAUCAGACGCAAACAUUUCAUGAUCUCGUCUGAUCUUUUUUCCUCUGCAUAAAUGUCAUUUUCAAUACACGGUUAACACUAAAAAAAAAAAGAGGCAAUCAUUCGACAAUGGAUGCUGAAGGCAGGGCGAAAACUCGAACGCUGUUAGCGUCGAAACGAAGCUGAAGAGGACGAAGAGGAGGAGGAGGAGGAGAAGAUGACAGGAGAGAUCGAAUCGACUGCGACGAGGCAGGAAAUUUUUCGCCAUAUCGAGGCGUCGUUCUUUCCUAUUAAAUUUCAAAAGUCCAAUUAGAUUGAACGCAGCUUCGACACGAUCGAUCUCAUCGGUAUCUCUCUCAACCAACACUGCCAUUGGCGCACUUUCGAGUAACCGUACCUCGAGUGCCGCGAUUAAGAGGACUCAACCCGCUUUCCUGGUGGGUGAAGUGAGCAUAACCGGAGUUGUAACUACAAUUGGCAUAUCAGUUUAGCGACAGCGUUAUCGCCUGCUGUCGACUCUUCUGGGGAUCUUGAAACGCUCGCCAGCCGAAUCUCGUGCUCCCGAAACGAACGUCUCGCUUCACGAGCCUCUACAAUUUUUAUUUUACCGCCGGCUUUAUCGUUCUCAUGUUCGCACAGGGUGUGCAUGACCACGAACCAAGCACGUCGAACACGAUUCUUCGAGACGUAAGUAGGGGUUGAAAUAAUUUAAAAAAUAAUUUUCCAUAAGGGUAGUAAACAGAAAUUUCAGUUAUCCACCACGGAUUUUUAUUGUUUAGUCGAGGAACGUGAAUUUCAUAUACCACUGCCGCACAUUAUCAACGUAAAAAUGUUAUACAUUCAUACAACAUUUCUUUUAAGUAACAUCAAAAAAUCUUUCCAGUUUCCUGUAUGUAAGAAAAUUAUUUUAAUCCCGUUCCUUAAAGUUCAACCUUUGAAUAAAUUACACGUCUCAAAAGUGUUUUACAAGUUGAAAUAACAGAGUCGUAUUUUUCGUCGACAUCGUGCGCACAGAGUUCACGUUCCGUGAACAUUUACCCGCUCGCUGCCGCAUUUAUUCCACGCGUGUAAGCGAGUUUCAUAAAGGAAUUGUAAUUCGCGGCGUCGCGUUUCCGCGCGGAAAAAUGCAACCUUCGUAAGGAGGAAACCUUUGCACGACGAUUUGAACGGCGAGCGGAUUUCCAGAAGGAGUCGCGCGAGUUUCAUGGUUUCGUCUGUUCGACGCGCAUGUGCAACCGGAUCGAGCUCGUUAUCGAUUCGCGGUGGUUGAGUAACAGCUUUUUAAAUAAGAUAUUUUUGCGACCGCGUCGAAUCGACACGCGACUGAUAAUUAAUCGUCGUUAAUUGCCGGGCUCAAGUACAAUCGACGGUCGAUUCUCGAGUCGGUCGCGUGAUUAAGCGAACGUCAGUUAUGGCUCGGAGCGGAAAGAAAAAGGGAAACGAACGCGCGAGUAAGAAGAUCGACGCGAUGGUAUCGAACGCGUCGGGGGUAAAGAAAGAAACCAUGGGGGACGGAAGAUUUGUGGGAAAAAGGAGAACGUUAGCGAGCUUCGAUCCCGCCUCACACAAGACUGACGUCAAAUAAAUAAUUGAGUAUCUCGGAUGCGCUACGUGCGGAGGCGCGUGCGGGCGUGCUCUCAUGUAUUCGUCGUAUUAUUUAUUGUCGCUGCAUUAUAGCGACCUUUAAACGAAUCUUUAAUUUAUAUACGCUGUCUAUAUGUCGCAGUAAAAACGUAAAGUUCAGUGAACGUAUGCAUUUACGUAGGAUUUUAACAAAAUGUCGACUGCAAUGCACACAUUUGUUGCAACGCAUUGAUAGAAACAUAACAUUAAAAACUUACUCUUUUUAUGUAUAUUUAAAAAAUGGAAAUAGAAAAAUUUUAUUUAAUAAAUUUACGAAUAUUCAGUAUCAAAUAUGAAAAUUUAUUUCAUUAUUUGUAAAGACAUUUAUUGCAUUAAUAUUUUUACUGUGACAUAUGUACGUACACACAUAAACACAAUCACACACGCGCACGCGCGUAUGUAUGCGAUGUAUAUAUACAAUAAACGGAGGAAGAACAAAUACAUAUAUAUAUAAAUAGAUAUAUAUAUACAAAGGUAAUGCGUAUUAUUGUGCGACGGCGAUUUUUAAACGUAUAAUAACGAUAUAUAUAAAUAUAAAUAUAUUGUAUAAGCCCGACUUUAUUUCUCUAUUACUACCGACAUCGCCUUCAUGCAACGAGGAAAAUCGAGGGAUUAACUGACGUAAGGAAUCGACAAUACAGGGAUGAGACAACAAUAACUAAAUACAUGUGUACGUAAAAAAAGAAAAGGACGCGAAGAGUAUGGUUUAAUAAAUAGCACGUGUACGGAAAUGAAAACCGACCACAUUGUGAUAUAUUAAGGAAACUAAUACUAAUAAGAUCGAACGAACGUGAAUUGAAAGGAAUCAGAUUGAUAAUCGCGGGUUGAUCGCGUUGACGACAAGCUUUUCUCUGAAUUUCUUUCUUUAUUUUCUAUUAGAUUUAACCAAAACCGUCGGCUUUAGAAGAUAAGAAGUCACUUUAUUUCAUAUCAUUAUUGCUAUCUCUAAGCAAAUGUUAUUUUUACAGAAUCAUAUCACUGCUUCGUCAACAAUCUAAUCCAUAGUUUGUAACAUUUGUUAAAGAAAUUCAUCGGAAAGCUUUGGGCACGACGAAGAGAGGGAAACACGCGUAGCGUCUACAACGAUCGGAACUUACCUAUGUAUAUUUAGUGUUUAAUCGUCUAAAUCGUCGCCAGCGUAGAAUGUUAAAGUAAAUUCGUAAGAGUGACAGCUUCGAGUGCUUCGAGUGUAAAUAUAACCGUUAGGGACCUCGUGACACUACACGUACACACAUGCACUAAUUAUACAUACACGUACAAACACACCUUUCAAGCGCCUUAAGUUGGGGAGGGCACUGAGCAAAUAACUUUGUCGCAAUAAUGAUCGUCGUUUUCUUUUCUCUGCUCCCCUUGAAAAAAUAAAAAAAUAAAAAAAUUCUCAAGACACGACGGGUGGGGAGGAAUAUCACGUACAAGGGAUUCACGUUAUCGUUAAUAACUCAGCGAGCGGACUGAUAAAAGAAGGUUCUUCUUCCUGCUCGACGAUCGACUUUUGGACGCGUUCGUAUCGCGCGUCUAUACGCUCGUCGUGUUCGUUCCAAGUUUCGCGCUUCCGUAUGACAAUGUUACGCGAGCGCGCGAACAGAGGGAACGAAGGAGAGAUCCUUAUCGCGCGACCUGCUAUUUUUCACCGAACUUCUGCAAUAACCCCGGCACCGAGCAUUAAGUACCUUCAACUUCCUGCACUUCCAGUACCUAGCAGUCCGCUCCUGGCAAUAAUCGUCAAUUUAUCUUAAGCGUGCAGAAAGCGGCAAGGGGACGACGACGUUCACGCGCAUACUAUACGUUAAGGAAGAAUUAAAUCAAUAACCAAGCACGGGUGUCGAGAGAAUCGAGGACUUUAGAUAAUAAAAAAAAAAAAUAUAUAUAUAUAGGAAGAAGAGAUGAUCGUUAAGGAGUCGAUCCUCUUGGACGGAAAGGUAGAUAAAGAUGACGAAGGACAGCACUUUCGGUGUGGCUGCUCGCGGCGUACUUCUUUGGAAACUUUAUGGUUCCUUUGUGCAGCGUAGCUGCAUGCUGCCGACAUGUCAAUGACAACGGCGCCGAGUGUGCACCGAGAUCGUAGCGAUAUCGCACGACCGCUCUAAAUCGUCCCUGUAACACGGCCGAGCUUAUUCUCCGCUGUUUUAUUAAAUUUUGCACGUUCAAGUUCCGUGUCACGGUUCGAUAACGGCCUUCUAGGAUUUUCAAUUCUUUCAGAAAUAACGACCGAUCGUGUCAACGUUAAAAUAACUACAAGUUAAAGUUGCAUAAAGAAUUUCCACCCUGGUACGUUUGCAAAGAUUAAAAACGAGCAUUCUAAAUGUAACUUCCAACCCCUUUAGAAAUGUACGAAAGGGUCGCGGGUAAACAUGAAACUUCCAAAAGAACAAGAAAUAUCAGAGUUUUUCGUUCCGUUGGACGUUUGCAGCGCAUUCGAAUACAGCGAUUACCAUGCCCCGGCGACUGCUGUUUCCUGGCGCGCCCUUUAUGAGCCCGUAAUUUUUUAUUCCCCCCCGCGACGUCGAGCGUCGUCGAUGCGGAGAUACGCGAACACGGUCGACCGAUAUCGGCGAGAUACGACACGAUCGGUUCUGCAUCGGUACGUACGCACAGAGAAGACACACACCGGAGAGGGGCGACCGAGGAAGCUAUGUUGUAUAAAUCACUCGUUGCAACCCUUUUUCAAUCCGACAUGAGAAAUGCGGGAAGAAGCUUGCCGAUAGCGCGGCGGGGAACGGGACGCACCGAGGAAAACUGGCCCAUCUUUUAUUCGACGACGUACGAGUGCGUACGAGAGACUCGUAAAGGGGAGAAUUUAAAAAAAAGAGAUGAAAGGAGGUGCUGUUUGAUCGACUAACCCUCAGGGCUCCAUUAUCCAUGCAUAUAUACCAAUUUUAUGCGUAUUGUAAGACCUUUAUUCAUUUAUUAUAUUUAUUUAAUUUAAUUGAUGGGUUUAAUUUAGGAUUCAAUUGGAAAUUCAUUCAUCAUAGAUUACUACUUUUUUAAAAAUAACAGCAAUCUUUCAUAGUAUAAUUUCCUUUAUUAAAAUGAUAGAAUUUUAUUUCGCUGAAUUCCUUCAAACAACGUAUGUGUAAAAAAUGUUGGUGUACCUGGGUGCAAAGUCGUCUCAUUGAUCACGGCCAAUUCGUGCACCGAUAUCGAUCGUACGAAUACGAGCGAUGCUCGGUGAUUACAUGCAGCUGCAGCUGCACGCAAACAGUUAACGAGAACGCGACGAGCAGUCACGAGGACGGAAAACAACGACAAUGGUUUAUAUCAUAGGUUUAGCAAGGAUAAUGGCAGCUUAGGAGAACGUUCUCACCACCCUGAAGCUAUUAAACGCGCCGCAUUAUCUCUCAAUGUAUAUAGCAAUUGUAAUUUAUACAUAUAUUAUGUGUAAACGUAUUAUAAAUAAGCCCGUCGACGCGCGGGGAAGCGACCAUUCUUUGUAUAUAACUGUAACAUAUAGCGUAAAGUAUAAAAGGUGAGCGUGAAAGAAAGAAAAUAACGUACUGGAAUGUUUGGGUGCAAGUACGAGCAAUGAAGUAAAAAAUGCAAAAAAAAAAAGAAUAAUUAAAUAAAUGAUACCACUGUGAGUGUAAUUAUAUCGAUCAAUAGCAUAACGAGUAACGGAUGCAUAUUUGAUAUUUGUGUGCCUGUAUCCUUUUGUAUGCUAACGAGAUAGAAAAAAAAAAAAAAUAAAAACUAUACAUAUUAUAUUG